AUGAAAAUCCCGCUGGUGGCCGUGAUCUUUAUUGCCAGUAUUGCAGCCGAAUGCAGGCCUCGCCCUUUCGGUUGUUACGCUUGGGACUGGGAAGAAGCAGCAAACGCUGGUGCCUCAAAGCAUGCCUUUAUCACAAAGGCUUGGCACGAUAAAAAUUGCGCAGAAUCAACGGAAUGUCCAAGCGAUUGCUUUCUCCAUGAGAUGAAAUUCGACAAAAGUAACCUCGAAGAAAAAGGAAUUCAAGUCGCUUGCAAAAUUUCUAGCUUGUUUUGUGACAACAAGGAAGCAAAUAAGAGCAAUUGCAUUGCAUCACGCGAGGUCGAUAUAAACUCACUUCUACCCCGCGACUACGAAGACAAGGAUCAACUACCCGGCUUUAAAGAUCUGUUCCUCAGCAAUCAAAUGUCAGCAACAUCUACCUCAAAAGCUUUAGAAAAAAUCAAGGCCAUGGUCCUCCCCGUAUGCCUAAACACUGAAACCGAUGUUCUGGAGUGCAAAAAAUAUUCUGGAAAACGUGGCGAGAUCUGUCGGCCGGAUCAGCUUAGCGAGGAAGCUCUAAACUUCAAGGAACAACGAUUCUGCACCGUGCUCGAAUCUGCACUUGGCGGUGGAUAUCCGGAGCUUGUAUCAAAAGAGACGAGCCAAUAUGCAAAAGUUUCAAACAUUUGGAAGUUUACGGGCCUUCCAUAUCCACUGAUUAUCUCAGCCUCGUCCAACUUUUUGCCUGGAGAGAGCAAAGAUGGAAAGACUUGUACGGAUUACUCAAUGAGAGAUUGCCGCCCGAAGCCACUUUGCGAUGGAGACAAUAGGAAAGUCACCUGGAAAGAGCUUGAGAUCACGCUUGAGAAUAAAUAUGCUCUUGAAGAAUUUGGACCAAAGGAGUGUGAAAUAUCAUGCACUAGCACCAAUCAAAAUCAUUGGCUGAAGGCUAGAGAGGAGUCGGGAUUGAUGUGCCGCAUUUUGGAUAUUGAUGGGUUUCCGUUAUACCGAAGAGGAAGGCCACCAUUCGCUAGGUUUAUGAAUGCCACGGAUAAUUUCAAUAAGGGCAAAUUUUUCGGGGUCUCAGGCCAUCGCAAUAAAGAAGAAAAUAGCUUUACAGCCUAUCCUUAUCCCCUCAACCUUGAGAGCAUUCAGGCAAUUGAGGAGAAUAUGUGGCUUAACCACAAGACACAUCCUUUCGCAAAAAAGUAUGGCAGUCAGAUCAAGGCCCUUGAUGUCCCUGAUUGUGGAGAAGAUGAUCCGGAUCACAAGAUUUGCAACAAAAUGAUGGGAAACCCAGCCAGGCUGUUGGCCAUCAUUUUGCUCAUCGUCCUCUGUUGCUGCCUCAUGGUUACGGGUGUCGGCAUCGUGACAGCCUGCUUCAUAUACAUAUUCAAGAAGAAUUCCACAAGGCCUAGGAAGGUUCGAGAUGCUGCGGUAGUUGAAGCCGGAGAAAAAAUAACUGCC